AUGGGCCCAGGCAUAGCCAAAAAAGGUGAUGACAAGUACGGAGUUACACAAUUUAAGGGUACGAAUUUCCCAAACUAGAAAUUUCAUGAAGAAUUUGGUGUGAAGCAAUGUGUUUCAGAAAACUGUCCAUCGCUUGCGAAAGAAGAAGACAAAGAAAAAUGGCGUAAAAACGACAAUAAAUGUAAGUCACUUAUAGUUAAAUGUAUUGCUGUUAGUUAUUUAGAAUAUGUGAUGGGAAAGAAUACAUCAAAAGAAAUUUGGAAUUCACUAUUAAAAACUUUUGAGCGAAAAAGGGUCGCCAGUCUAUUGUAUUUGAAAAAGCGAUUAUUGACUAUAAAAUGUAGUGGUAAAAUAAAUUUAGAAAGUCAUUUUGUGAAAUUUUAUGAGAUAAUAUGACAACUCAGAUCUGCAAGAGCUAAACUAGAGAACGAGGAUAUUGUUUGUCAUCUACUACUUACUAUGCCUGAAAUGUACAACAAUGUAGUUACAGCAUUAGAAACUCUUACAGAAUAUUAUACGAAUUCAUUUUUACUCUAGACAAUACUCGAGAUAAUAGCAUUAAUGUCAACAGCUAUGUCAAGGCAAAUAUUGACGGAGUAUUAUGACAUAAACGAAUGGAACAUCCAAAUAGAGAUUAUUUGAAUAAACUGAAGAAUAUUGUUUUUGGAGUUCAAUUCAAUACAAAAGAACUACCUACAAUUUGUUAAGUUUGUAUGGAGAGCAAAUAGACUAGACAGCCCUUCAUUCUAAGAAAAAAUAGAACAACGCGUCUACUAGAACUGAUACACAGUGAUAUAUGUGGACAAUCAGUCCAAUAUCCUGGAACGGUAUGAAAUACAUCUUUAACAUUUAUUGAUGAUUAUACACGAUUUAAUGUAAUUUAUUUGCUUGACAAUAAAAGUGAAGUACUUAACUAAUUUUUAGAAAUAUGAAGCAAUUGUAAGUGUACAUUUUAGACAAAGAAUUCAAUCAUUAAGAUGUGAUAAUGGAGACAAAUACACAUCUCACAAUUUCAAGAAUUUAUGUGCACAAAAGGGAAUUGUUGAGAACCACACUGCUCCAUACACUCCUAAGCAGAAUGGUUUAGCUGAAAGAACUAAUCGUACAAUUAUAGAAAAGACCCGAUUGUUACUAUUUCAAUCAGGGUUAUUAACGAAGACCUAGUAAGAGUACAGAAAUAUUUCAAAUCUUGGUUCCUCGUCCUUAAUCCAAAUAAAACCAUAUCCAUGUUGUUCCAUUUGAACAACAGAGAUGCUAACAGAAUACUUAACCUGAUAGUUUAGGGAACCAAACUAAUGAGUGAUGACGUUGCAAAAUAUCUAGGGAUCAAGUUGGACAGAACAAUAAUCUACAACCAACAUCUUGAAGAUGUGGAGAACAAACUGAAAACCAGGAAUAAUAUUAUUAGUAAACUAGCGGGAACAAGUUGGGGCUGCCGAGCAAAUGUACUCCGCAUAUCGACUCUGGCCUUGGUAUACAGCGUCGUAGAGUAUUUCGCCCCCAUCGGGGAGAAAAGUGUACACGCAAAAAAAGUUUGACACUCAGCUGAAUAAUACUAUGGGAAUCAUUACAGGCUGUGUCCAGGCUACCAACUUACAGUGGCUUCCAGUCCUUUCGAGUAUAUAUAGCGCCCCUCCCCGGUGGCUCGAAGACAUCUCGCAACCAUUAAAUUGUUACAGAAAAUCAAUAGAUCAGUGAGUCUCCCUGUAUACAACAAAAUAAAUAAUGCAACCACUAAAAGAUUAAGAUCAAGACACCCAAUCUGGUCAGUAGAAAAUAGCUCAAAAUGGAGGAUAUGUAAAAACAAUACUGGGAAGAAGGUAACGCAAAAUACGGAUACCUGAUAAGUGACCCUAUCCAAGAGCCAAAUGGACCAACUUAAACAGGAUACGAAUGGAGCAGGAUAAUUGUAACUACCUCCUACAUAAAUGGAAAAUAAAAAAACUCCCCUUUGUGACUGCGGACAAAUACAAACCAUCCGACAUCUGUGGAGGAAUGUCCUCAAAUGAGAUACAAGGGAGGAAUUGAGGAUUACAUAACAAAGAAAAAUAUAUUGUUGAUCCAAUCAUAGAUAGAUUUAAAUGAUAAUGUUAAAUGGAAUUUGAUAUGGGAGCAUCAGUGUCAUCUAUGUCAAUACAUAAUUUCAAAAAAAUAUUUUCUAAAAAAAAAUUUAAGAAAGUAAACAACAAGUAUCCAUAAGAACAAAUACAGGUGAACUAAUUAACUUAAUAGGAACAUAUAGUAUAGUAUAAUAUAGUACCAUUGAGUUCAAACAAAAAACAGCAAGCGAUAAAUUAUUUGUAUUAGCAUGUUUGGAUCUUGUUAACUACUAUUACAAUUCAUAACAAAUUUGGCGUCAAAACUUCACCAUUUGUGUCAACUUUAAAAACAAAGGUAAUUUAUACUUUUGGUCUAAAGAAUGUGAGGAACAGAAAGCAUUCACAAAUAUUAAAAAAGAAAUAACUAGUGAUCAAGUGUUAAUGGCAUUUAAUUCACAGUAUCCAUUAGUGCUAGAAACAGAUGCAUCCCUCUAUGGAUUAUCAGUAAUAUUAUCUCAUUACCAAAUGCAUUGGAACGUCCAAUAGCAUUCGCAUCAAGGACUAUCAAAUUCAAAAAAAAGUUAUAGUCACAUUAUAAAAGAAGUAACAGCAACUUAUCGGAGUCUAAUCAAAUGUUUUCUUUAUUGUUAUGGCCGGUCCUUCACCCUAACUACUGAUAACAAACCAUUAACAUUAAUAUUGAAUCCAACUAAGAAUCUUCCAUAACUAAUACCAACUCGUCUACUACACUACGCUCAAUUUUUAUCAAGAUUUAAUUAUAAAAUUAAAUACCCUUACUAACAUAAUCUUACUUAUCAAGAUGUCCUGUAGGUCAAAUUGUUCCAGUGGAUACCUUGAGUGAUGCCUCUAAACUACAGAUACAAUUAGAAUCAUUACCGGUUGACAGUGAACAAAUUAAAAGGGGAACUAAAUAACCUCAAUUAAAUAAAGUCUACAACAUUUUACUAAAUAAUAGUACACUGCAAGAGAACAAUUUCAAAGAUGAAGUAUUGACAAUAGAAUAUAACUGCUUGUUUAGAGAACCCAGAGUAGUUAUACCAGUAUCAUUAAGAAAACUAAUCCUUGAAGAACUUCAUACGGCACUUACAAAUACAACAAAAAUGAAGGAAUUGGCAAGACGUUACAGUUGGUGGCCUACUAUAAAUUUAGAAAUAGAAGACUAUGUUAAAUCCUAUCAACAAUGUGCUGAAAAUCAAAAAAAUCAAACAAAAUUUGCAAUGUCUUGGAAAGAAGAACCAAUUCCUUGGUAUAGACUAUAUGUAGACCAUGCUGGGCUAUUUAUGGGAUCUUAUUUUUUAAUUUUGAUUGACACUUAUAGCAAGGGGCUAGAAGUUAAGAUUGUACCAUCAUUAUCAAGUAAAACAACAAUUGAAAACCUUCAAAAAAUAUUUUCAAGAUUUGGUUUAUCUAUUAUUAUGGUUCGUAACAAUGGUAAAGCAUGUACGUCAAAUUAA